UUCGUGCUAUCGUCGCAGUUGCGAAAAGGAUCCCAUUCGUUUCGCUCGCGUUUCCGAAGAGCAAUACGGCAAAACUCGAACAGCGUCACUUAUCUCAAAGUUUAUCUCUCAUCGUUCAUAUAUUUAUAUCUAUACUAUACGUGCAUAUAUAUAACGAAUAUAUACAUAUAUAUAACGAAUAUACACACAUAUAUAUAUAUAUAUAUAUAUAUACAUAUCAUGAGGAUGGCGGUGAUCCGAAUGUUAUUUUUCUUCGGUACGGCGUUUUUCACACUUGUCAAAGUUGAUACUGCUCCGAUGAAGUAUGAUCAGCGACAGGAGGGUGAUUUCAACGUGCACGCUCAGCUGGAGAAUCUUCUCUUUGUUGUGGCCAUUCCUAGCAACAACAAUCUUCUCAGCGACCUGGCGUUGCAGGCUCUCGAGCUCAAACAGCAAUUGGUCUCCCGGUCGAGUUCAUCGAAAGAACAAGAAUCAAUCAGAUCCCAUGAAGAAAAGCCUUGGAAAGGAGCUGUGGAAAUUAUACAGAUAAACGAAAAUCAUUCAAAUAAAGGAAGUUCGGUGCAAAAAACAGACGGAAAAAAUAAAGAAACGACAAACGUUUCGAAUCAGCAGACAAUCUUUUCGAUCGCGAAUGAAAAAGAACACAUGGAAGAAGACAGGGUCGCGAAAAAUGUGAAAGCUUUCGAUUUUCCCAAGAGUCGCGAGGAACCGACUAUUAUAGGAUACUUCGUGGACGCGAGAAAAAUACUUGGAUCCAAGAUUGAUGAUGAUGGACGGGCGCGAAAUGUAGUUGAGAACGUUUGGAAUUCCGAUCUCGAAUCAGGAAGGCCGGGAACGUCGUUGAAGAAACAAUUGCUUCGCAAAGAAGAGAAUGUCGCGCUGUCCUCAUCGAACACUGAUAAAAACGACGUAGCUUCAUUAUCCGAGGAUAAACAACAAAAUGAGCUAAUAUUGCUGGGCGACGGUAUCGAGAAUUGUGGUCCAGGAAGCCAUCGCGACGUAUCCGGCAUCUGCCAAUUUGACGAGUCGACCGAUGCUCUUUAGCGGCGCUUAAAAUUCCAAUGAUUAUAAUUUUUAAACAUUGAGAUAUGCUACAUAAUAUGCGAUUAUCUCUCUUGGUGCAAUACUUCAUUUUCCUCUUUUUGUCUUUCUAGCAAAUGUUAUAUCGAUUUCAAAAAGUUCAUUAAUUUUUUUUGUUUAUUAGUUAAGCAAAAGUUAUAUCGAAGAAAAGCAAUGAACUUUUUGAUUCAUUUAAUGCUUAGAACGUGCUAAAAUGCGAAAUGGUUGUUAUUUUAUAUAAACCAAUGUAUGCGCGAAAGUUAUACUGUAUGUAUCUCCCAAGCUUCAAAUAAAAUAUUUAAACAACAAUAAUAA